GGCAUCGCGCGCGGACGUCUGGCCGAGGAGCGCAAGGCGGACCACCCCUUCGGGUUCUACGCGCGGCCGGGCUCGAACCCCGACAACUCGACGAAUUUGAUGCGGUGGGAGACGGGCAUCCCCGGCAAGGCGGGCACGGACUGGGAGGCCGGCCUCUACAAGGUGACCAUGGAGUUCACCGACGACUACCCGUCCAAGCCGCCCAAGUGCAAGUUCGUGCCGCCGCUCUUCCACCCCAACGUCUACCCGUCGGGCACCAUCUGCCUGUCCAUCCUCAACGAGGAGGAGGACUGGCGGCCGGCGAUCACGAUCAAGCAGAUGCUCCUGGGCAUCCAGGACCUCCUCGACACGCCGAACCCGAACUCGCCCGCCCAGAGCGACGCGUACCAGCUCUUCGUCUCCGACAAGGCCGAGUACAAGAAGCGCGUCCGGCAGGAGGCCGCGAAGAACGCGCCGCCGUCGUGA